AUGCAGCUCGUGGGGCGUGUGCAAGCAGGGCGACAGGCGCUGUGCGGGCUGGACCGGGAGGUCCUGCGCGGAAGGGCGGCGCGGAGGACCAAAAACGUGUAUGGGCAGCGGGUCCGCGCGGCUGGCGAUGACGACGGGCUCUCCACGGCGGACCUGCCCAAGGUCGUGGACUUCAUCUGCUCCACGGACAUGAUGCAGUUCGAGGUCGAGACCGAGGAUGUCUCGAUAUCGCUCACGCGGCGCACGGGGCCCGUGGGCGUGCACCGCUCCGCCGCGCACGUCGGAUUCGCGCUCAUGCCGGCCGACUCGAACGCGUUCGCGCCGCCGCAGUCGGCGCCGGCGGAGACCAUGCCCGACGACGCCGAGGUCGCGGGCGUGCCCGACCGCGUCGAGGUGUGCGACGACAAGGGCUGCGUCAUCACCGAGGUGGUGUCGUCGCCGAAGGUCGGCCUGUUCCGCGCGGGCAAGUUCUUCCGCGGGAAGCAGAUCGGAAAGGACCCCUGUGUCAGGGUGGGGGACUCCGUGAAGCAGGGGCAGGUCAUCUGCAACAUCGAGCAGCUCGGCAACCACUGGCAGGUGGAGGCGCCGAUGGACGGCAAGGUGGUCAAGUUCCUCGUCGAGGAAGGCCAGGCCGUCGGGUACAAGGACCCGAUUGCGGAAGUGCAGUCGUCGUGA